AUGACACCACCCACCUUAUAUCAUAAAAAAGCAAAGGGCCCUUGGAGACCAACUCAAGAAACUCCAGAUUUUACUUUAUGCUUUGAGGAUGGUGCUUUAAUUUUGCCCAUAAACUUAUUGUUUAUAAUUUGCGGUUCCAUCGAAUUAUAUCGAUUAUCAAAAAAUCACAGCAUUACUCCUUAUGAAGAAUUUCAAAAAUGGCAUUAUAUGAAACUGGCAUGCUUAUCAAUGUUGAUCACCUUGAGCCUAGUCUUAUUUGGAAUUUCAAUACUUGAAGUUAAUUUACAUAUUCUAGACAUAAUAGUCUUUUCAUCAUUUAUUAAUGUAUUGGCCAUGGUAAAAUAUUUUAUAAUUAUAAAGGAUUAUCAAUUUUCAAAUCCUGUCUUGAUAAUUUCAUUUGUAUCAACAUUGGUUUUGGCAUUAAUUAUAUUUAUCUUGGAUCUUAUUCCUAGGCCAAGGAGUGAAUAUUUACUCAUUAAUGAAGAUAACCAAAGUUGUCCAGAGUCAAGAUCAAAUAUUUAUUCACGAAUUACCUUUUACUGGAUGACUCCACUUAUGAAACUUGGCCAUGAAAAAUAUUUAACAAUGGAUGAUUUAUGGUAA